UUUUCCUCACAUGCGCGAAUCCAACCUCGACAUGUCCUCCAUGGCUGCGAGAAUUUUGCUCGUGGCCACCGCCCUGCGAAUAGCGAGAGGCCCAAAGCGCGGCCUGGACUUCUUGGUCGUCCACCUGGUUGUGAUUGGCUGCCCAGCCCUGGAGCUGGCAUGCGCUCGCCUGGCCCCACGCUGGCACAAGCGCCACCGCCUGCCGCUGUUCCUGGCCAUCCGCCUCACUCUGGCUUUAGUUGGCGCCAUCCCAUUCACCAUACCCGAACCUCCCCCCACCUCCUGCCCUGAGUUCUUCUUCCACUUUGCCGCCAACACCUGCGCCCUGGCCGCAUUCUUCGUGCCCCUCGCCUGGAGGCUGCCCGCGCGGCUCAGCAUCCCAGUCGCCGUGCUGCAGCACAUGGGCAUGGCGCGCGUGGCGGUGCACCGGUGCGGCGUUCAGCCGCCCAGCCACCCUGGGCGUGACAGCCUGCUGCUGGAUGCCGACCCCGGCUGCUGCCUGGACAGCCUGGCUCGGCUGCUCGACUGGCCCUUCUACAUGGUGGCGCCCGACGUGAUGGUGGCAGAGGGCGCCCCGCCCGCACGAGCCUCCUGCCUGGCGGCGGCGCUGUGGAUGCAGCUGGUGGCGGGCGUGGUGCUGCCCGUCGCGCUGCUGCGAGGUGGGAAUGGAGCGCUGGGUGGCAGGCAGGAGGCGGGCGCAGCAGCAGAGGUACACGCGGAGGCGGCAGGCGCCGGCGCUGGCGAGCGGGGGGCGCAGAUGCUGAGCAGCUGGCGAGCAUGGCUGGACGCCCUGCUGGACGAGGCGCCGAUCGCCAGCUGCGUGGCCGCCGCGGAGCUCAUGUGGAUGCUGCUGCGCACCGCCUGUGCGCUGCGCCUGCCCAGCUGAGUGUCAACUCCGAGCAUCCUUCUUUGAUCAAAUAAUUCAGCACUGCUAAUGCAUGAUGUCCUGAUGCCCAUGCUAUGCCCCGUAUAUACUGCUACUGUGCCCGCCGGGCUUCAGUAGUGUCCACGAGGGGGAUCCUUUGAACAAGAGUUUGUGUGCAAUAGUGGUCCCUCCUCCAUGCUUAAUAGAUUGCCUCUAUUUUCUUUGCUGCAAGUACACAGCAGCACCGACACCACCAGCCCAACCAACAACUUCCCUUAUAACAGGUGCCUUUCCGCUUCGCACCCACCACACUGAUAUGGCCUCAUUUGGGCAUUUACACGCACCCGCAUGCCUUCUGGGCGUGUAAUGAGCACCGUUC